CUGCAAACUCAAAGGUAGCUAUAUGUGGCAGGCGUGGUACUCCCUCGUCGGUGCCGCCGCCCUACGCACCGGGUUCGUGGCCACCUGCCGCUGCCGCCCGCCCUCGCCGCCGCGUUGGGUGCCGCUGCCGCACCGAGCCGCCGGAGUCGACUGCACGACCGGCCCGUCCCUCGGACUCCCCUCGGGCAUCACUCAGCCCGGAUACCCCCCACAGCUGCUGUCCACCCGCCCGCCAGCGUCCAUCGCGCUUACGCAACGUCGACGGUCGGCUGACAGCACCCCCUCCAGCCCCUCUCGCACCCAUCGAUACGCGCACAUGCGCGGCAACUCUAUCGACGCGGUGCGCAGCAGCCUCUGUGAGACUGCCCUCGCGGCCUCUGUUGCGGGUGGGUGUAUUUCGCAUACAGUGCGUGGCGUCUAUAUCUCGGCAUCGCUCCUCCCUUGGCCGCCUGCAGUCUAUAAACCCACCCAAGCCGCGGUGGGUCCAUUGAAGGGCACGGCGCGCUGGCGCUGACAGCUUAUCCGAGCAGUACGCGUCCCGCGCACGUCUACAGUACCUGUGCCCUCAUCCGCUACAGUAUCUGUAUCCUCAUCGCCCACCGGUGACCUGCUACCCCGCGCCCAAGUCCUGUCCCCCAUCUAUCCGCUUCUGCUUUGUUCAAACCGCAAGCCACACAUACAUCUCGCCCCGGAAACACCAGCUGGGCAGCGGUGUUGCCUUUCCCGACUCCAUCAUUGCCUUCCUCGACUUCAUCAACGCCGUACCGUUCAUUGACUGCUGACGGAGGCUAGCCGUACCGACACCUAUGACCACCUGAAAGGUACCGACCGCGUCUUUGGGCGUCCUCAGCCUUCCAUCUCCGUUUAGCUGCUGUGUCCUUUCAGAUUCCUUACUUGGUCUGUCCCGUUCAUAAGCCUACUAUGCAUUCGCUCAGUGUUUACUUACGGCUACUUCCCGGCCGCUCUAUUGUGUUUCCUCAUACGGGGUCGUUGC